AUCAGUUACUAUGUUGACUCACUCAGUGUUGGGCUCACUCACUUGCCCCCUACAGGACUCAGCUCUUGAAGGCAAUAGCCUUUAUAGAAAAAACGAAUAAGAAAACUUGAAGUGCUAUUUUUUUUUCUUUUGUCAAGGCUGCUGAAGUUUAUUGGCCUCUCAUCGUACCUAAGCCUCCCAGAGCAAUAAAACUGGGAGAAACUUUUACCAAGAUUUUUAUCCCUGCCUUGAUAUAUACCUUUUCUUCCAAAUGCUUUGGUGGGAAGAAGUAGAGGACUGUUAUGAAAGAGAAGAUGUUCAAAAGAAAACAUUCACAAAAUGGAUAAAUGCACAAUUUUCUAAGUUUGGAAAGCAACACAUAGACAACCUCUUCAGUGACCUGCAGGAUGGAAAACGCCUCCUAGACCUCUUGGAAGGCCUUACAGGGCAAAAACUGCCAAAAGAAAAGGGAUCUACAAGAGUUCAUGCCCUGAACAAUGUCAACAAGGCACUGCGGGUCUUACAGAAAAAUAAUGUUGAUUUAGUGAAUAUAGGAAGCACUGACAUAGUGGAUGGAAAUCAUAAACUCACUCUUGGUUUGAUUUGGAAUAUAAUACUCCACUGGCAGGUCAAAAAUGUGAUGAAAACUAUCAUGGCUGGAUUGCAGCAAACCAACAGUGAAAAGAUUCUUCUGAGCUGGGUUCGACAGUCAACACGUAAUUAUCCACAGGUUAACGUCAUCAACUUCACCUCUAGCUGGUCCGACGGGUUGGCUUUGAAUGCUCUUAUCCAUAGUCACAGGCCAGACCUGUUUGAUUGGAAUAGUGUGGUUUCGCAGCACUCAGCCACCCAAAGACUGGAACAUGCCUUCAACAUUGCAAAAUGUCAGUUAGGCAUAGAAAAACUUCUUGAUCCUGAAGAUGUUGCUACCACUUAUCCAGACAAGAAAUCCAUCUUAAUGUACAUCACAUCACUCUUUCAAGUUUUGCCACAACAAGUGAGCAUUGAAGCCAUUCAAGAAGUGGAAAUGUUGCCCAGGCCAUCUUCAAAAGUAACUAGAGAAGAACAUUUUCAAUUACAUCACCAGAUGCAUUACUCUCAACAGAUCACAGUCAGUCUAGCACAGGGCUAUGAACAAACUUCUGCAUCUCCUAAGCCUCGAUUCAAGAGUUAUGCCUUCACACAGGCUGCUUAUGUUGCCACCUCUGAUUCCACACAGAGCCCCUAUCCUUCACAGCAUUUGGAAGCUCCCAGAGACAAGUCACUUGGCAGUUCAUUGAUGGAGACCGAAGUAAAUCUGGAUAGUUACCAAACUGCUUUAGAAGAAGUACUCUCAUGGCUUCUUUCUGCAGAGGAUACAUUGCGAGCACAAGGAGAGAUUUCAAAUGAUGUUGAAGAAGUGAAAGAACAGUUUCAUGCUCAUGAGGGGUUCAUGAUGGACCUGACAUCUCAUCAAGGACUUGUUGGUAAUGUUCUACAGUUAGGAAGUCAACUAGUUGGAAAAGGGAAAUUAUCAGAAGAUGAAGAAACUGAAGUGCAAGAACAAAUGAAUCUCCUAAAUUCAAGAUGGGAAUGUCUCAGGGUAGCUAGCAUGGAAAAACAAAGCAAAUUACACAAAGUUCUAAUGGAUCUCCAGAAUCAGAAAUUAAAGGAACUAGAUGACUGGUUAACAAAAACUGAAGAGAGAACUAAGAAAAUGGAGGAAGAGCCCUUUGGGCCUGAUCUUGAAGAUCUUAAAUGCCAAGUACAACAACAUAAGGUGCUUCAAGAAGAUCUAGAACAAGAACAGGUCAGGGUCAACUCUCUCACUCACAUGGUAGUAGUGGUUGAUGAAUCUAGCAGUGAUCAUGCAACAGCUGCUUUGGAAGAACAACUUAAGGUACUGGGAGAUCGAUGGGCAAAUAUCUGCAGAUGGACUGAAGACCGCUGGAUUAUUUUACAAGAUAUUCUUCUAAAAUGGCAGCAUUUUACUGAAGAACAGUGCCUUUUUAGUACAUGGCUUUCAGAAAAAGAAGAUGCAAUGAAGAACAUUCAGACAAGUGGCUUUAAGGAUCAAAAUGAAAUGAUAUCAAGUCUUCAAAAAAUAUCUACUUUAAAAAUAGAUCUAGAAAAGAAAAAGCCAACCAUGGAAAAACUAAGUUCACUCAAUCAAGAUCUACUUUCAGCACUGAGAAAUAAGUCAGUGACUCAAAAGAUGGAAAUCUGGAUGGAAAACUUUGCACAACGUUGGGACAAUUUAACCCAAAAACUUGAAAAGAGUUCAGCACAAAUUUCACAGGCUGUCACCACCACUCAACCAUCCCUAACACAGACAACUGUAAUGGAAACGGUAACUAUGGUGACCACAAGGGAACAAAUCAUGGUAAAACAUGCCCAAGAGGAACUUCCACCACCACCUCCUCAAAAGAAGAGGCAGAUAAUUGUGGAUUCUGAACUCAGGAAAAGGUUGGAUGUCGAUAUAACUGAACUUCACAGUUGGAUUACUCGUUCAGAAGCUGUAUUACAGAGUUCUGAAUUUGCAGUCUAUCGAAAAGAAGGCAACAUCUCAGACUUGAAAGAAAAAGUCAAUGCCAUAGCACGAGAAAAAGCCGAGAAGUUCAGAAAACUGCAAGAUGCCAGCAGAUCAGCUCAGGCCCUGGUGGAACAGAUGGCAAAUGAGGGUGUUAAUUCUGAAAGUAUCAGACAAGCUUCAGAACAACUGAACAGCCGGUGGACAGAAUUCUGCCAAUUGCUGAGUGAGAGAAUUAACUGGCUAGAGUAUCAAAGCAACAUCAUUACCUUUUAUAAUCAGCUACAACAAUUGGAACAGAUGACAACUACUGCUGAAAACUUGUUGAAAACCCAGUCUACCACCCUAUCAGAGCCAACAGCAAUUAAAAGCCAGUUAAAAAUUUGUAAGGAUGAAGUCAACAGGCUGUCAGCUCUUCAGCCUCAAAUUGAACAAUUAAAAAUUCAGACCCUACAACUGAAAGAAAAGGGACAGGGACCAAUGUUUCUGGAUGCAGACUUUGUGGCCUUCACUAAUCAUUUUAAUCACAUCUUUGAUGGUGUGAGGGCCAGAGAGAAAGAGCUACAGACAAUUUUUGACACUUUACCACCAAUGCGCUAUCAGGAGACAAUGAGUAGCAUCCGGACAUGGAUCCAGCAGUCAGAAAACAAACUCUCUGUACCUUAUCUUAGUGUUACUGAAUAUGAAAUAAUGGAGGAGAGACUCGGGAAAUUACAGGCUCUGCAAAGUUCUUUGAAAGAGCAACAAAAUGGCUUCAACUAUCUGAGUGAUACUGUGAAGGAGAUGGCUAAGAAAGCACCUUCAGAAAUAUGCCAGAAAUAUCAGUCAGAAUUUGAAGAGAUUGAGGGGCGCUGGAAGAAGCUUUCCUCCCAGUUGGUGGAAAACUGCCAAAAGCUAGAAGAACAUAUGAAUAAACUUCGAAAAUUUCAGAAUCACAUAAAAACCUUACAGAAAUGGAUGGCUGAAGUUGAUGUUUUCCUGAAAGAGGAAUGGCCUGCCCUGGGGGAUGCUGAAAUCCUGAAAAAACAGCUCAAACAAUGCAGACUUUUAGUUGGUGAUAUUCAAACAAUUCAGCCCAGUUUAAACAGUGUUAAUGAAGGUGGGCAGAAGAUAAAGAGUGAAGCUGAACUUGAGUUUGCAUCCAGACUGGAGACAGAACUUAAAGAGCUAAACACUCAGUGGGAUCACAUGUGCCGCCAGGUCUACACCAGAAAGGAAGCCUUAAAGGCAGGUUUGGAUAAAACAGUAAGCCUCCAAAAAGAUCUAUCAGAGAUGCAUGAGUGGAUGACACAAGCUGAAGAAGAAUAUCUAGAGAGAGAUUUUGAAUAUAAAACUCCAGAUGAAUUACAGACUGCUGUUGAAGAAAUGAAGAGAGCUAAAGAAGAGGCACUACAAAAAGAAACUAAAGUGAAACUCCUUACUGAGACUGUAAAUAGUGUAAUAGCUCACGCUCCACCCUCAGCACAAGAGGCCUUAAAAAAGGAACUUGAAACUCUGACCACCAACUACCAAUGGCUGUGCACCAGGUUGAAUGGAAAAUGCAAAACUUUGGAAGAAGUUUGGGCAUGUUGGCAUGAGUUAUUGUCAUAUUUAGAGAAAGCAAACAAGUGGCUCAAUGAAGUAGAAUUGAAACUUAAAACCAUGGAAAAUGUUCCUGCAGGACCUGAGGAAAUCACUGAAGUGCUAGAAUCUCUUGAAAAUCUGAUGCAUCAUUCAGAGGAGAACCCAAAUCAGAUUCGUCUAUUGGCACAGACUCUUACAGAUGGAGGAGUCAUGGAUGAACUGAUCAAUGAGGAGCUUGAGACGUUUAAUUCUCGUUGGAGGGAACUACAUGAAGAGGCUGUGAGGAAACAAAAGUUGCUUGAACAGAGUAUCCAGUCUGCCCAGGAAAUUGAAAAAUCCUUGCACUUAAUUCAGGAGUCGCUUGAAUUCAUUGACAAGCAGUUGGCAGCUUAUAUCACUGACAAGGUGGAUGCAGCUCAAAUGCCUCAGGAAGCCCAGAAAAUCCAAUCAGAUUUGACAAGUCAUGAGAUCAGUUUAGAAGAAAUGAAGAAACAUAACCAGGGGAAGGAUGCCAACCAAAGGGUUCUUUCACAAAUUGAUGUUGCACAGAAAAAAUUACAAGAUGUCUCCAUGAAAUUUCGAUUAUUCCAAAAACCAGCCAAUUUUGAACAACGUCUAGAGGAAAGUAAGAUGAUUUUAGAUGAAGUGAAGAUGCACUUGCCUGCACUGGAAAUCAAGAGUGUUGAACAGGAAGUAGUUCAGUCACAACUAAGUCAUUGUGUGAAUUUGUAUAAAAGCCUGAGUGAAGUCAAGUCUGAAGUGGAAAUGGUGAUUAAAACCGGACGUCAAAUCGUACAGAAAAAGCAGACAGAAAACCCCAAAGAGCUUGAUGAACGAGUAACAGCUUUGAAAUUGCAUUACAAUGAGUUGGGUGCAAAGGUAACAGAGAGAAAGCAACAGUUGGAGAAAUGCUUGAAGUUGUCCCGUAAGAUGAGAAAGGAAAUGAAUGUCUUAACAGAAUGGCUGGCAGCAACAGAUACAGAGUUGACGAAGAGAUCAGCAGUUGAAGGAAUGCCAAGUAAUUUGGAUUCUGAAGUUGCCUGGGGAAAGGCUACUCAAAAAGAGAUUGAGAAACAGAAGGCUCACUUGAAGAGUGUCACAGAAUUAGGAGAGUCUUUGAAAAUGGUGUUGGGCAAGAAAGAAACCUUGGUAGAAGAUAAACUGAGUCUUCUGAACAGUAACUGGAUAGCUGUCACCUCCAGAGUAGAAGAAUGGCUAAAUCUUUUGCUGGAAUACCAGAAACACAUGGAAACCUUUGAUCAGAACAUAGAACAAAUCACAAAGUGGAUCAUUCAUGCAGAUGAACUUUUAGAUGAGACUGAAAAGAAGAAACCACAACAAAAGGAAGAUAUUCUUAAGCGUUUAAAGGCUGAAAUGAAUGACAUGCGCCCAAAAGUGGACUCCACACGUGACCAAGCAGCAAAACUGAUGGCAAACCGCGGUGACCACUGCAGGAAAGUAGUAGAGCCCCAAAUAUCUGAGUUCAACCGUCGAUUUGCAGCUAUUUCUCACAGAAUUAAGACUGGAAAGGCCUCCAUUCCUUUGAAGGAAUUGGAGCAGUUUAACUCAGAUAUACAAAAAUUGCUUGAACCACUGGAGGCUGAAAUUCAGCAGGGGGUGAAUCUGAAAGAGGAAGACUUCAAUAAAGAUAUGAGUGAAGACAAUGAGGGUACUGUAAAUGAAUUGUUGCAAAGAGGAGACAACUUACAACAAAGAAUCACAGAUGAGAGAAAGCGAGAGGAAAUAAAGAUAAAACAGCAGCUGUUACAGACAAAACAUAAUGCUCUCAAGGAUUUGAGGUCUCAAAGAAGAAAAAAGGCCCUAGAAAUUUCUCACCAGUGGUAUCAGUACAAGAGGCAGGCUGAUGAUCUCCUGAAAUGCUUGGAUGAAAUUGAAAAAAAAUUAGCCAGCCUACCUGAACCCAGAGAUGAAAGAAAAUUAAAGGAAAUUGAUCGUGAAUUGCAGAAGAAGAAAGAGGAGCUGAAUGCAGUGCGCAGGCAAGCUGAGGGCUUGUCUGAGAAUGGGGCCGCAAUGGCAGUGGAGCCAACUCAGAUCCAGCUCAGCAAGCGCUGGCGGCAAAUUGAGAGCAAUUUUGCUCAGUUUCGAAGACUCAACUUUGCACAAAUUCAUACUCUCCAUGAAGAAACUAUGGUAGUGACGACUGAAGAUAUGCCUUUGGAUGUUUCUUAUGUGCCUUCUACUUAUUUGACCGAGAUCAGUCAUAUCUUACAAGCUCUUUCAGAAGUUGAUCAUCUUCUAAAUGCUCCUGAACUCUGCGCUAAAGAUUUUGAAGAUCUUUUUAAGCAAGAGGAGUCUCUUAAGAAUAUAAAAGACAAUUUGCAACAAAUCUCAGGUCGGAUUGAUAUUAUUCACAAGAAGAAGACAGCAGCCUUGCAAAGUGCCACCCCCAUGGAAAAGGUGAAAGUACAGGAAGCAGUGUCACAGAUGGAUUUCCAGUGGGACAAACUUAAUAGAAUGUACAAGGAACGACAAGGGCGCUUCGACAGAUCAGUUGAAAAAUGGCGACACUUUCAUUAUGAUAUGAAGGUAUUUAAUCAAUGGCUGAAUGAAGUUGAACAGUUUUUCAAAAAGACACAAAAUCCUGAAAAUUGGGAACAUGCUAAAUACAAAUGGUAUCUUAAGGAACUCCAGGAUGGCAUUGGGCAGCGUCAAGCUGUUGUCAGAACACUGAAUGCAACUGGGGAAGAAAUAAUUCAACAGUCUUCAAAAACAGAUGUCAAUAUUCUACAAGAAAAAUUAGGAAGCUUGAGUCUGCGGUGGCACGACAUCUGCAAAGAGCUGGCAGAAAGGAGAAAGAGGAUUGAAGAACAAAAGAAUGUCUUGUCAGAAUUUCAAAGAGAUUUAAAUGAAUUUGUUUUGUGGCUGGAAGAAGCAGAUAACAUUGCUAUUACUCCACUUGGAGAUGAGCAGCAGCUAAAAGAACAACUUGAACAAGUCAAGUUACUCGCAGAAGAGUUGCCCCUGCGCCAGGGAAUUCUAAAACAAUUAAAUGAAACAGGAGGAGCAGUACUUGUAAGUGCUCCCAUAAGACCAGAAGAGCAAGAUAAACUUGAAAAGAAGCUCAAACAGACAAAUCUCCAGUGGAUAAAGGUCUCCAGAGCUUUACCUGAGAAACAAGGAGAGCUUGAGGUUCACUUAAAAGAUUUUAGGCAGCUUGAAGAGCAGCUAGAUUACCUGCUCCUGUGGCUCUCUCCUAUUAGAAACCAGUUGGAAAUUUAUAACCAACCAAGUCAACCAGGACCAUUUGACAUAAAGGAAACUGAAGUAACAGUUCAUGCUAAACAACCGGAUGUGGAAAGGCUUUUGUCUAAAGGGCAGCAUUUGUAUAAGGAAAAACCAAGCACUCAGCCAGUGAAGAGGAAGUUAGAAGAUCUGAGGUCUGAGUGGGAGGCUGUAAACCAUUUACUUCGGGAGCUGAGGACAAAGCAGCCUGACCGUGCCCCUGGACUGAGCACUACUGGAGCCUCUGCCAGUCAGACUGUUACUCUAGUGACACAAUCUGUGGUUACUAAGGAAACUGUCAUCUCCAAACUAGAAAUGCCAUCUUCUUUGCUAUUGGAGGUACCUGCACUGGCAGACUUCAACCGAGCUUGGACAGAACUUACAGACUGGCUGUCUCUGCUUGAUCGAGUUAUAAAAUCACAGAGAGUGAUGGUGGGUGAUCUGGAAGACAUCAAUGAAAUGAUCAUCAAACAGAAGGCAACACUGCAAGAUUUGGAACAGAGACGCCCCCAAUUGGAAGAACUCAUUACUGCUGCCCAGAAUUUGAAAAACAAAACCAGCAAUCAGGAAGCUAGAACAAUCAUUACUGAUCGAAUUGAAAGAAUUCAGGUUCAGUGGGAUGAGGUACAAGAACAGCUGCAGAAUAGGAGACAACAGUUGAAUGAAAUGUUAAAGGAUUCAACACAAUGGCUGGAAGCUAAGGAAGAAGCUGAACAGGUCAUAGGACAGGUCAGAGGCAAGCUGGACUCAUGGAAAGAAGGUCCUCACACAGUGGAUGCAAUCCAAAAGAAGAUCACAGAAACCAAGCAGUUGGCCAAAGACCUCCGUCAACGGCAGAUAAGUGUAGACGUGGCAAAUGAUUUGGCACUGAAACUUCUUCGGGACUAUUCUGCUGAUGAUACCAGAAAAGUACACAUGAUAACAGAGAAUAUCAAUACUUCUUGGGGAAACAUUCAUAAAAGAGUAAGUGAGCAAGAGGCUGCUUUGGAAGAAACUCAUAGAUUACUGCAGCAGUUCCCUCUGGACCUGGAGAAGUUUCUUUCCUGGAUUACGGAAGCAGAAACAACUGCCAAUGUCCUACAGGAUGCUUCCCGUAAGGAGAAGCUCCUAGAAGACUCCAGGGGAGUCAGAGAUCUGAUGAAACCAUGGCAAGAUCUCCAAGGAGAAAUUGAAACUCACACAGAUAUCUAUCACAAUCUUGAUGAAAAUGGCCAAAAAAUCCUGAGAUCCCUGGAAGGUUCAGAUGAAGCACCCCUGUUACAAAGACGUUUGGACAACAUGAAUUUCAAGUGGAGUGAACUUCAGAAAAAGUCUCUCAACAUUAGGUCCCAUUUGGAAGCCAGUUCUGACCAGUGGAAGCGUUUGCAUCUUUCUCUUCAGGAACUUCUUGUUUGGCUACAGCUGAAAGAUGAUGAACUGAGCCGUCAGGCACCCAUCGGUGGUGAUUUCCCAGCAGUUCAGAAGCAGAAUGAUAUACAUAGGGCCUUCAAGAGGGAAUUGAAAACUAAAGAACCUGUAAUCAUGAGUACUCUGGAGACUGUGAGAAUAUUUCUGACAGAGCAGCCUUUGGAAGGACUAGAGAAACUCUACCAGGAGCCCAGAGAACUGCCUCCUGAAGAAAGAGCUCAGAAUGUCACUCGGCUCCUACGAAAGCAGGCUGAAGAGGUCAAUGCUGAAUGGGACAAAUUGAACCUGCACUCAGCUGAUUGGCAGAGAAAAAUAGAUGAAGCUCUUGAAAGACUCCAGGAACUUCAGGAAGCUGCCGAUGAACUGGACCUCAAGUUGCGCCAAGCUGAGGUGAUCAAGGGAUCCUGGCAGCCAGUGGGGGAUCUCCUCAUUGACUCUCUGCAAGAUCACCUUGAAAAAGUCAAGGCACUUCGGGGAGAAAUUGCACCUCUUAAAGAGAAUGUCAAUCGUGUCAAUGACCUUGCACAUCAGCUGACCACACUGGGCAUUCAGCUCUCACCUUAUAACCUCAGCACUUUGGAAGAUCUGAAUACCAGAUGGAGGCUUCUGCAGGUGGCUGUGGAGGACCGUGUCAGACAGCUGCAUGAAGCCCACAGGGACUUUGGUCCUGCAUCCCAGCACUUCCUUUCCACUUCAGUUCAAGGUCCCUGGGAGAGAGCCAUCUCACCAAACAAAGUGCCCUACUAUAUCAACCACGAGACCCAAACCACUUGUUGGGACCAUCCCAAAAUGACAGAGCUCUACCAGUCUUUAGCUGACCUGAAUAAUGUCAGGUUCUCCGCGUAUAGGACUGCCAUGAAGCUCAGAAGGCUCCAGAAGGCCCUUUGCUUGGAUCUCUUGAGCCUGUCAGCUGCAUGUGAUGCCCUGGACCAGCACAACCUCAAGCAAAAUGACCAGCCCAUGGAUAUCCUGCAGAUAAUUAACUGUUUGACUACAAUUUAUGAUCGUCUGGAGCAAGAGCACAACAAUCUGGUCAAUGUCCCUCUCUGUGUGGAUAUGUGUCUCAACUGGCUUCUCAAUGUUUAUGAUACGGGACGAACAGGGAGGAUCCGUGUCCUGUCUUUUAAAACUGGCAUCAUUUCUCUGUGUAAAGCACACUUGGAAGACAAGUACAGAUACCUUUUCAAGCAAGUGGCAAGUUCAACUGGCUUUUGUGACCAGCGUAGGCUGGGUCUUCUUCUGCAUGAUUCUAUUCAAAUCCCAAGACAGUUGGGUGAAGUUGCUUCCUUUGGGGGCAGUAACAUUGAGCCGAGUGUCAGGAGCUGCUUCCAAUUUGCCAAUAAUAAACCUGAGAUUGAAGCCGCUCUCUUCCUUGACUGGAUGCGCCUGGAACCCCAGUCUAUGGUGUGGCUGCCCGUCUUGCACAGAGUGGCUGCUGCUGAAACUGCCAAGCAUCAAGCCAAGUGUAACAUCUGUAAGGAGUGUCCAAUCAUUGGAUUCAGGUACAGAAGCCUAAAGCAUUUUAAUUAUGACAUCUGCCAAAGUUGCUUUUUUUCUGGCCGAGUUGCCAAGGGCCAUAAAAUGCACUACCCCAUGGUAGAGUAUUGCACUCCGACUACAUCCGGAGAAGAUGUUCGCGACUUCGCCAAGGUACUAAAAAACAAAUUUCGAACCAAAAGGUAUUUUGCGAAGCAUCCCCGAAUGGGCUACCUGCCAGUGCAGACUGUGUUAGAGGGGGACAACAUGGAAACUCCCGUUACUCUGAUCAACUUCUGGCCAGUAGAUUCUGCGCCUGCCUCGUCCCCCCAGCUUUCACACGAUGAUACUCAUUCACGCAUUGAACAUUAUGCUAGCAGGCUAGCAGAAAUGGAAAACAGCAAUGGAUCUUAUCUAAAUGAUAGCAUCUCUCCUAAUGAGAGCAUAGAUGAUGAACAUUUGUUAAUCCAGCAUUACUGCCAAAGUUUGAACCAGGACUCCCCCCUGAGCCAGCCUCGUAGUCCUGCCCAGAUCUUGAUUUCCUUAGAGAGUGAGGAAAGAGGGGAGCUAGAGAGAAUCCUAGCAGAUCUUGAGGAAGAAAACAGGAAUCUGCAAGCAGAAUAUGAUCGUCUGAAACAGCAGCAUGAGCAUAAAGGCCUGUCUCCACUGCCAUCUCCUCCUGAGAUGAUGCCCACCUCUCCUCAGAGUCCCAGGGAUGCUGAGCUCAUUGCUGAGGCCAAGCUACUGCGUCAACACAAAGGACGCCUGGAAGCCAGGAUGCAAAUCCUGGAAGACCACAAUAAACAGCUGGAGUCUCAGUUACAUAGACUGAGACAGCUCCUGGAGCAGCCCCAGGCUGAAGCUAAGGUGAAUGGCACCACGGUGUCCUCUCCUUCCACCUCUCUGCAGAGGUCAGAUAGCAGUCAGCCUAUGCUGCUCCGAGUGGUUGGCAGUCAAACUUCAGAAUCUAUGGGUGAGGAAGAUCUUCUGAGUCCUCCCCAGGACACAAGCACAGGGUUAGAAGAAGUGAUGGAGCAACUCAACAACUCCUUCCCUAGUUCAAGAGGAAGAAAUGCCCCCGGAAAGCCAAUGAGAGAGGACACAAUGUAGGAAGCCUUUUCCACAUGGCAGAUGAUUUGGGCAGAGCAAUGGAGUCCUUAGUUUCAGUCAUGACAGAUGAAGAAGGAGCAGAAUAAAUGUUUUACAACUCCUGA